AUGACAACAGCGACUGAGGUUCUCAAUUUUCGGCUUCCCAAGCCUGAAACAGAUGUGGGUAUGGCUUUUCUUGAUCAUCAAGAUUCUAAGGUACCCAUCAUCAACGACAGUAAAGGUGGUGGCUUUGAAAAGGAUUCUGGGGUUCCAAACAGAAAGAGGCUGAUAAUCAAGGUUCGUAUUCCAAAUCCUAAGGCAAAAACAAAAACAACCCAAGUGCCUCUGCAAAACAAAAUUGAUGAUCAUCAUCACCAAGAUUCCAAACCCAUCACCAAAACCUCUGGUUACCGUGAGAGGGUUAGGAAACAGUUGCAAGAGGCCUUUUUUAGAGUUUCUUCUAAAAAUGAUGUGAGCAUAUCACCAGCAAUAGACCCGGUUCAAGUGGCUGUUUCAGUAGAGUCUGCUAUGUUUGAAAGGAUUGGGUGGUCUAAUCCCAUCAAGAAGGCUAAUUAUCAAUCCAUCUUGUUCAAUCUCAAAGACCCAAAGAACCCAGAUUUGAGGAGGAAGGUGCUUCUUGGAGAGAUCAAGCCUGAGAGUCUUGUAACCAUGAGUGCCGAGGAGAUGGCCAGUCAAAAAAGGCAGCGAGAGAACAUUCAAAUACAGUUGAAAAGCUUGAAAAGAUGUAUGCAUGAUGCUGAUGAGGAAGAAAAGGCCACCACUGACAUGUUCCAGUGCAGCCGGUGUCGCGAGCGCAAGUGUACCUAUUACCAAAUGCAGACCCGGAGUGCCGAUGAACCCAUGACAACCUGUGUCACUUGUUGCAAAUGCAACAAACGUUGGAAGGUCUAACCAGGGCCAAUAGCUUGAAUUAAUUGAUUGUCAAGAGCACUACGGCUACUGUUGGAAGAAAU